AAACGGAGGGAGCACAGGACGCAGCGGAGCACAGCGGACGUUGCGGCGCAGGACGGCGGAUGUCGAGACGAAGGUAAGAGCACAAGUCGGCGAAGCGCUGAGGAGGAGGACGGUAGACAAAGGAGCCUGGGGGAUAUAGACGGUUUCAAUUCAUAAAGUGGCCAACAUUUCGUAAUGGGCAUCUAGGCAGAGCCUUAAUAGUAGACGCAGUUCAGCCUCGCAAAUUAUUGCUGUAAACGAGUAAAUUUCUGAGGCGGCUUGUGCAGCAAACAAAGAAGUGACUAGCCCCGCAGGAAGAACAGGCAGAAAUUACCAGGCUUCAAUGGUGUUUCGGGGAAGACAAAGUUCACCCAAAACUACAGAUAGUUGCACUGACGCAUUAGUCAGAAAGGAGUAAGCAUAUUAUGGGUGAGUUUACUAUUCAGAUUAGCAGAGGCCUUGUUGAUCGGCUUGUUCAGGAUGCGGAUAUGUCAAAGAGAACUAAAAGAACUAAAGGGAAGGCAUCAAGAGAGCCUCCUGCAAGUCAAAAGCAAACAGAGGAUGGUUCUGUGAAGCCCAAGAGAGAGGCAUGGCCACUGCAGCCUCCUCCUGUGUUCCUGCCAGCAACUUCGGAGUUAGAGGCCAUAAGAUCUGCGGUUCAGGAAAGUGAGAAAGCUGUGGAGCGAUUGCAGAAGGAGGAGGAGAACGUGUUGGAGAAAGUAACCCAAAAGGCGAAGGAGUUGCGUGAUAAAGAGUAUAAGCUUCCAAAGCCAAAGCCCAGACCAUGCAGUGGUGACAGUGAGGCUUGCUUGGCAUGUUACAAGGAGCAUGUCAAGGAUCCCUUGAAAUGUGCUAGUCUGGUUAUAAAUUUUGCCGACUGCGUGCGCAGGUUUAGACAAGAAGUUGAACUCAGAAAUGUCUGAACACGAAAAUUUUGCACAAAUCCAUGGAAAUAAGCAUUUUUGUUUAAUAUCACCCAAAACUGUUCUUUUGAUGUGCUUGGAACGUACUUGGGUACGCCCAUUCCUAUCCCUGGCCCAACUCUACAAGCGACCGUUAGGUAAAAAUGUUGUUAUAAAUUGUUUAAAGAAGAUUCUUAUUGCUGAUGCAUGUC